AAUUAAUAAUUAAUUAUAUUAUUAAUUAAUAUAUACCCAUUUUGGUUCUCUUUCCUUUACAUCAACAAACCUAUAUUAGCAAAUCAAUGAGUUCUUAGCUUGUUCUUGUGUGUGUGAGGGGAGAAAUGCUUUUUAACUUGACCUUCACCGGUGUUUUCCUCUACUUGCUCUUUCGACUAUUGAUUUCCUUCUGGAUUUCACCUGCUAGGACUUAUACAAAGCUUAAGAGGAAUGGGUUUGGAGGUCCAACCCCAAAGUUCCCUCUAGGGAAUAUUGAAGAGAUGAAAAAGAUCAGUGCAAGUAGUGUUGCCAAAGUUUCUUCAGGAUCCUUAGCAGUCUCCAACGAUAUUCACUCUGCUGUUUUUCCUUACUUUGCUCAAUGGCAGAAGUCUCAUGGGAAGGUGUUCGUAUACUGGUUAGGUACAGAGCCAUUUUUAUACAUAGCAGAGCCUGAGUUCCUGAGAAGGAUGUCUAAAGGUGUGUUGGGCAAAAGCUGGGGAAAGCCCAGUGUGUUUAAACAUGAUCGGAAACCUAUGUUUGGUAAUGGUUUGCUUAUGUUAGAAGGUGAUGACUGGAUUCAUCAUCGCCGUAUUAUCACUCCUGCAUUCUCUCCGGCCAACCUGCAGGCUAUGGCAAGCUCAAUGGUGGAGUCUACCACUAAGAUGCUUGACAAGUGGACAAGCCUCCUAAAUUGUGGCUGCCUAGAAAUUGACGUCGAGAGAGAAAUCAUUUUAACAGCCGGAGAAAUCAUCGCCAAGACAAGUUUUGGGAUGGACUACGCAAAUUGGAGACAAGUGUUGGAGAAAUUAAGGGCCCUGCAGAUCACUCUGUUCAAGACUAAUCGUUAUGUGGGGGUGCCAUUCAGUACAAUCUUGUUUCCCAGACAAACCCUAGAAGCUAAAAAACUUGGAAAAGAUAUAGAUUACCUUCUUUUUUCGAUUAUAGAAGAUCGUCGAAAUUCCAAUGCAGGGUAUCAUCAAAACAACUUGUUAGGGUUAUUGCUACAAGAAAAUCACGAGGAGAGGAGGAAGACAUUAACCACAAGGGAGCUAGUCGACGAGUGCAAGACUUUCUUCUUUGGUGGCCACGAGACCUCUGCGCUCGCAUUGGCAUGGACAAUGCUGGUUUUGGCUGUACAUCCAGAGUGGCAAAACCAAUUGAGAGAGGAAAUUACACAAGUUACUGGGAAUAAAGAGAUCGUUUUCUCCAGGCUUGCAAAGCUCAACAAGAUGGGGUGGGUGUUGAACGAAGUUUUGAGGCUCUACUCUCCAGCACCAAAUGCACAAAGGCAAACCAGAGAAGACAUUACUGUAAAUAACCUCACCAUCCCAAAGGGAACCAACGUUUGGAUUGAUGUUGUGAGCAUGCACCAUGAUCCUAAUUUAUGGGGAGAAGAUGUGAACGAAUUUAAACCAGAGAGGUUCGAGAAUGACUUGUAUGGUGGAUGCAAACACAAGAUGGGGUAUUUGCCUUUUGGGUUUGGAGGGAGAAUGUGUAUAGGUAGGAAUUUAUCGAUGAUGGAGUAUAAGAUUGUUCUAUCCUUAAUGCUCACUAGAUUUUCUUUCUCCCUCUCUCCGAAUUAUUCUCAUUCUCCUCGUAUUAUGCUCUCACUUAGACCAAGUCUUGGGAUCCCUCUCAUUGUUCGACCCCUGUAGCUAACUAGGUUUCUAGCCUGAAAAUGGCUUGAUCUUCAUGCAUAGUGUUUCAGCCAUCAAGGGCUUGUGUAGUAUGGAAAAUAAUAUAUAGAAAGCAUGUUUGUCUUUUAGUCUCCUAAAUCAUUCAACAAGGAUCAUGUUUGUCAGCAAAAUUUGCUUUCUAA